AUGACGGUCGAGAUCUACGUCGGCGGCAGCUGUGUCGAGAUGGGGCUGGAUUGCUUGCUGUGGGUGGUUGGCUACGGGGUGUGGUUGGGCAAGCACGAUCCCCGCAAUCUCUCGGUGUGUUUGGAAGGGUUCGACACUGACAGACUCUCGAUCCCAUCGGGGAAAGUCUAUAGUGAUUUGAAAGCGAUUGAGGCAGCCAUCAUUGCCAGUAUGGACUACGACGACGAUGUCGUCAUUUACACUCCCAGCACCGCUGCUCUUAAGGCGAUCAAGAAUGACGCCGUGAAGGCGAAGUUGGUGCAAAAUAUCCGGCGCCUUCUCAAGGAAUCAGGCAAGACUGGCGUUGAAUAUUGCAAUCGCUUUGACAAUUACUUGGUCAGAGCUCAUAUUUUGGCCUACAGGGCAACCCACCCGCUCGCUCUGGGAGGGCUAGACGGCAACGUCCGCAUCUGGGACACCGCCACCAUCACCCCGUUUGCCAAGUUGGAUGAAUCAGAUAACACUCGAAAGAGCAAACGCAACAAGACGGCUGAGCUUACUCCUGAACAGUUGGAGCAGAAACUCACUUCUAGCAAAGAGCUCCCCCCGGAAAAUCUACGGAGACCGAUGUGCUCGAUGAGCAGACACAACGGGGUGGUGACUACGGUGAAGUUCAGCCCCAAUGGUCAAUACUUGGCUCUGGGGAGUGACGAUAAAAUCUGUCUUAUUUGGGAGAAGGAUGAAGAACAAAGACCGGCUCAGUUUGGCGAAGAAGCAGACUUGGAACACUGGCAAGUCCGUAAGCGGUUGGUGGCCCACGAUAAUGAUAUUCAAGAUAUUGCUUGGUCUCCCGAUGGUGAUCUCUUGGUAACAGUGGGGUUAGACCGUUCGAUUAUUAUUUGGAACGCCACCAACUUCGAAAGAAUCAAGCGAUAUGACAUCCAUCAAUCAAUGGUGAAGGGGGUGGUGUUUGACCCUGCGGGGAAGUUCUUUGCCACUGCUAGUGACGACAGAUCAGUCAGAAUUUUCCGGUACUACUACAAAUCGAAUGAAAGCAGUUUUGAGUUUCAAAUGGAGCAUCUCGUGUUAGAUCCGUUCAAAAAGUCACCGCUUACGUCAUAUUUCCGGCGAUUAAGUUGGUCUCCCGAUGGCCAACAUAUCGCUGUGCCUAAUGCCACCAACGGACCGGUUCCGUCGGUAGCCGUCAUCAACCGUGGGGAUUGGACUUCCGAAGUAUCAUUGAUUGGUCACGAAGCUCCCUGCGAGGUUACAUCGUUUUCACCUGCCCUCUUCGAUUCAUCGCUGGCGAAAGACAAAACACCUGUGUUCUCUACUGUUUUGGCUACGGGCGGACAAGACCGCUCGCUUGCGUUGUGGAGUACAGCUCUGACUCGUCCGUUACUUGUCGCCGACCAAAUCUCAGAAAAUCUGAUUACUGAUAUGGCAUGGUCACCUGAUGGACAAACACUCUACUUCUCCAGUCUUGAUGGUACCAUCACUUGUGUUAUUUUUGAAGAGGGCGAACUUGGUCGAGUAGUGAGUCCCGAAACAGUGGCUGAACAAUUGAGACGCUACGGUGCUGAUCGAAGACUGGAUGUUUUCCCGGAAAGUGUAAAUCAGCUUCGCCUCGAAGAGCUCGCGGAAGAAGACUCGGUCCAACCAGCAGCCAGGCCAUUAGUAGCCACUCCGAAAGCUGUGAAGAGUGCUACCAAGACCAACGCAGCCGUUCCCGUAUCCACUAAACUGACUCUGGAGCAACUCAAGAAUCAAGCCGUCACCACCAAAAAUGGUAAGAAAAGAGUCGCUCCUCUCUUAGUGUCAUCAUCAGGAAACGCAAACUCAGGCUUUAUUUCACAAACUGCCACUAGGAAUAAAGUCAUCGCAGCCAAAAUCAGCAACCCGAACUAUAUGCUCCCCCGAUUGGGGGUGGCAUCGGCAGUACAGGGUAUCCGUCUGAGAGAAAGCAUUCGAGUCCAAAAAGGGAAUGGUUUAGAUGGGGAUAAUGAUAACGAUGAUAUGGCACUUGAGGAGGUUCCUCAGGUACUGGAGGCCACUUUGAAACGUCAACGUCAAAAGCUCAAACGCAGUUAUAUGGAGCUGAGGUAUCCUAGCGCAUUGAAAUCCGUGUCGAAUUUGCCGCCAAUAGUAUUCAUGAACCAGGCAGUAAUGAAUCACGACGUCGAAACAAUGCUCGGGACAAUGAGUAACAGCGACGCCCGCCCCCUGGUUGAACUUACUUCAACAACUAUGGACAUCGAUGAAGAUGUUGGGUUUGCAAUCGUUGUGAACCUGUUCCAACAUAAAAAGGAUGACGAGCUCAUCACAACGACCGUGGAGGUACGGAAUGGACAGCCAUGGACACAGUAUGAUGAUGACAAUAUUGACCUGAUCAAAAAUGACACCGUUGACUUUAAUGACCCCACUCGAGUCAUUGUCAGUAAUAACCAAAACAAGGACGAUCGUGAAUUGAUCUUGUUUUACCCUCAAAGAAUUCAGCAGGUUAUACCAGUUAUCAUAAACGAGAGUUUCGAAUAUCUCGUUUUGGUAUCUCUUCUGGGUACCGUGUGGUUUGUCAGCGGCAAACUGGGGUCAGCGUUAUGUCCACCUAUCGAAUUGGGAGCAAACGUGGUAGUAAGAAGAGUAGCCGGUAACAGAGUGUUGCUCGUUACUAGUACAGGGUUGAUGUAUUCGUACCGCUUUGAAAAUGGUGUUCAAGCUGAACUCAAGGGAGUAUCACUUGCUCCAAUUCUCAAUGGCAAAUUUGCUCAAUAUGACGACCAACAAAAGAAGCCACUCGUUAUGGUUUUAUCAGCAGUAAAGAUGUUGGAGAUGAACGAUGACGGCUUUGUGUUUGUCGUUCUUGAUAAUCUGGGCGAUUUAUUCCAGUAUAACGCCGAUCUCAAUGUGUGGACGAAACUUAUGGAUUCUUUCUAUUAUCUUGCUACUCUAGAAGAAGACACUAAGGGCAACGAGUUGCUCAAAGCCCUGCGGGCACAAUACGACUUUCACGCUAAGCGCAACCAUACUUAUCGUUACAAGUUUGACACUCCUGCAAGUGAGACUUUGAAAUCAUUGAUGACAGAACGAUUUCAUGAAGCAUGCAAAAAUAUUCAUUAA